GUGAUCUCACAUCAGUUUUAAAAAGUUGUGAUGAAAAACAAAUAAAGCAAUACGGUAAAAUUAAAAAUAGCCAUUUUACAAAUUGUUUAUCGGUAUACUACAACCUGUAUGCUGAAUAAUUAAUUUAGUAGUAUUAAAACUAUAAUUUGCUUCGUAGAAACAACGAACAAACGCACUAAUAAACAUUAUAUUUAGAAACAGAAGAAACGUUCUGUUAAGAGCAUUUUUGAAGAAAGAACGUCAACGCGGGUGUGUUGUUGUUCUUUUAAUUAAUUGAUCUAAUGUUGCUACAGGACACAAAAUAACAAAUGCAAUGUAUCUCUAUCGACUUUGUUGCGAUAGGCGAAUUUCCAUGAACUUCUAGUAAUUUUGUUGAUAAACAGUAUGAAAAACUUGUAUUGAUAUUUCUUGAAUUGAAAUUGAAAUUAUCUUAUAGAUAUUAUAGUCAUGGCAAUGGCAGUACCUCCAACAGGAUCUUCUCACCACGCAUUGAUCGCAAACAAUGAAUAUCAAAUUAAAUUGGUCACGCUUCUCAAUGAAUGUUGUGACCACUUACGUGAAAUUUUACAUGAUCCUGCCCGUGGCAACAUGCCAAGGGAUAAGAAACAAUUAUAUCUGUCAUUAAAACAAUAUAAGAAACGUUUAAACCAUUUGAAAAGAGAUCAGCUGGAAAUCGUUUUUCCACAAGAUAAGGAAACAGAUUCGGGAUUGUUUGACAUCACUAUUUUAUGUGACGUUCUAAUUAAUUGUUGUCACGGUAUACAAGCACCAAUUGGUGGAUGGAGGACCAGAACACCGCAACCAAAUGAUUUCAGUGUCGGUGCUGACAUCAUUCGAAUCAGAAAUGAGCGGAAUAUUGUUAUGCAUGGAAGAGCAAUGACUUCAGCACAAUAUAAUCGGUUGUGGAACGCCAUAGAAGGUAUAUUAAGAAGACUCGGAUAUGACAUAACGAAAAUUAGAGAUUUGAAGUCUGGUUGUUUAAAAGACUUGGACUUAUUUAAGAUUGAAAUUAUGAAAGCAUUUACUGAAAUUUUAAAUUUCAAUGUUAACAAAAACCAAGACAAUAUAAAACAAAAUCAAGAUGACAUCAAAGCAAAUAAAGACAGUAUUCAGCAAAACGAAGAUGGUAUUAAACAAAAUCAAGGUGACAUCAAAGCAAAUAAAGAUAGUAUUCAGCAAAACGAAGAUGGUAUUAAACAAAAUCAAGGUGACAUCAAAGCAAAUAAAGACAGUAUUCAGCAAAACGAAGAUGGUAUUACACAAAAUCAAGGUGACAUCAAAGCAAAUAAAGACAAUAUUCAUCAAAACGAAGAUGGUAUUAAACAAAAUCAUGGUGACAUCAAAGCAAAUAAAGACAGUAUUCAGCAAAACGAAGAUGGUAUUAAACAAAAUCAAGAUGACAUCAAAGCAAAUAAAGACAGUAUUCAGCAAAACGAAGAUGGUAUUAAACAAAAUCAAGAUGACAUCAAAGCAAAUAAAGACAAUAUUUAUCAAAACGAAGAUGGUAUUAAACAAAAUCAAGAUGACAUCAAAGCAAAUAAAGACAGUAUUCAGCAAAACGAAGAUGGUAUGAAACAAAAUCAAGAUGACAUCAAAGCAAAUAAAGACAGUAUUCAGCAAAACGAAGAUGGUAUUAAACAAAAUCAAGAUGACAUUAAAGCAAAUAAAGACAAUAUUCUGCAAAACAAAGGUGGUAUUAAAGAGAAUAAAGAGAAUUAUAAUCGAUUAGCAGCCGAAGUGGAAAUAGUAAAGCAAACUAUUUCUUCAUCAUCAUGUGAUCAGAAGAGUUCUCAGUUGGAAGAAACUAUAAAAGAACAACCCAGUUAUAUACUAUUAAAAAAUUUCCGAGGAGAUUUUCUAAUACAAUUUGAAGAUGGCUGCUCCCACUGGUCUAUGAAAAGUGUACAAGUCAUCAUUACUGAAAAUUUUGUGAUAGAAUCAAAAGAACUUCAUGUCGACAACGAUUACAUUGUGGAAGAAGAAGAAGGGACACUAAUCGUGAUUAUUUACAAUCACAUUGCCAAAUCGAUUAAUGGGUUAUCAGUUAAGUUAGUUGACAGUGAAAGUAAAACUCAUUUGAUUCCAAUUGAAGAUAUUGCACUGGUCCGAGCACAUAUGUGUACAACCAGCUAUUUUGAUGUUAGAACCCACAACAGUGGAAGAAUAUCUGAACAGAUAAAAUGCAUUGUAGGAGCAGAAAGAGAAGAAACAAAUAUUGAAUUUAUAUGUGGUGGUAGCCUGCAAACAAUGGAACCUAAGGAGUACGAAGCAUUUAAAAGAGAUUACAUCCAGCGUUAUUUCACCGUCAAUGGUAAAUGCAUGGAAGAACCACUCCAAAUUCCACCCCCAAUGCCAAAAGUCACACAUUCCUUAUUCGCACAAAAGAUAAAGGAUGUUAUAAUCGAAUUACAACCUCGUUUGUUUACAAUAUUUACUCAUUAUAACACGAAGGAACAUAUUCGAUUUCUAAAACUGGAUAAAGAAUUUUCUUUGAGUUUGGAAAGCACAAUUACUGAUAACAAAAGAAUUCUACUUGUGUUGCCAAAUUAUAUCAUCAACAUUAGAUACACAGAAACAACCGACGCAGUAAGAAUACAAGAUGAAGUCAAAGCGGGCGAAGAAGACUUGAAGGAGCUAUCUAUCAUCACUAAAAAACAUCUUAAAAAUGGUCACCUGACAAUGGUUAAUGUUGUAGCUGCACCACAUUUCGAAGAUAUCGAAAAUAUCCACCUUUGUGUAGAUUGCGACUUACUCUCCAAAAAAACUUUGGCUGAGGAUAGAAAUAUGACGAAGUUCUUUUCAAAUAUUUUGCAAAGCUCACAAGUACAAAAUAAUGUUCAGGACAACAAGGAACGGUAUAUCAACAUAGUUGGUAAAGUCAUGUGUUUUAUGGCUACAAGAAAAGCACUCUAUUCUGUUCCUUCACUCAGUAAAAACGUCCACGAACAAAUAAGCUCGUUAAUACUUUCUCCACAGCAACUCCGUCAUUUAUACAACAACUCUUUAAAAAAAAUUAUAAUCGGUCCUCUAGGCAGUGGUAAGACAGUGCUAGCUUUAGCACAUUUGGAAAUAGCUUACGAGCGCUCUGAGAAUAGAUCGGUCAUAUACUACGUUAUUUGGGACGGCAACACAUUGCUUAAACGGGAUAUUGUCAAUCAUACUAAAAGAUUUAAUUACAAAGCCGCUGUCGAAGUUGUUGUAAAGGAUAAUGUCCAGUUAGCUAAGGAUUUGAAAAUGAAUGAAGUGCCAACACCAUACCAGUUAUUAGAGUCAUUGGUUAAGAAACAUGUUGACCAAAACCUGCAUCUAAUAAUUGAUGAAUUAAAUGGAGAGUUAUUUAACAAGGAAGAAUCAUCUUUGCUUAAACACUAUCUGGAAACUGAAGACAAAUUAAAUAACUCUUUCAUCAUUUUUUUCCCACAAUCCAUUGAGAAACAUAGAACAUUAAUUUCACACCAAAGAGUCACAAUACAUGACAAGUACAAGUAUAAAGAAACAGGAAUGAAAGUUUUAAAACUGAACAGAGCAAUGAGAACAACCCGGAUAAUCUUUCAGUUUUUAAAGGCUUUUGAAAAUGAAGUAGAACAAGACAAGGUAACAAUGAAGCUUCCCGAUCAGCAAUCAAAAGAAGGAAUGUCCACCAAAAAAAAUAUCGAAAAAAUACUGAAUUUCUUUUCCAAAAUUUGGAAAAAGCAACCACAACAGCAGCAAGAGCCACAACGGCGACAACAACAACAACAGCAGCAGCGGCAGCAGCAACCACCACCACCACCGCAACAACAAGGACAAACUACCAGUAGCAAUGUCACGCCGAUAAUAAAAGGAGAAGAAGAAAGUUUUGAAACACCUGUUGAUAUUGAUGUCGUUGCAGCUUCCAUACCAGAUGGGGAUCUUUCGGGUAAUGUUAGAAUUGACACUUCAUUAAAAUUUAAUACAGCGUAUUCAAUCGGUCAUAAUAUCAAAGGAACAAAACCGUUAUUGAUACAUCCGGCAAAAACUCCAACAACAGACAAAGAGUUUAUACCAAUGUUAGCACUUGUUUUACAAGAUGUAUGUUUACAUCAUGCCACUAAACGUUUGUUCAUAUAUAACACAUUCCCUCAAAAGGAUAUUUUUUACAGAUUACUGAAACUGUUAAAAAUUGAUUUUCUUCGCUACGACAAGUACACUGACUGGAAAGUUUUAAAUUGUGAUGAUAUCACAGUUAAAAAUCCCUUGCAGAGUCAAACUUAUAACCUGCUCACUACUAUUGAGGGAAGUCGUGGAGUUGAAGCAGCCGAAUGCAUCUGUAUAAUUGAAAGCAAUGAUUGCAAGUUAAAACAUUUGACGUUAGAAGCAAUGUCCAGAGCAACACAAAAUCUGGUCCUUGUUUCAACGUCCAACGUUUACCAAUUAGAUACAGUAAAAUCAUCGACUGGUCAUAUCAUAAGUAAACUGUUAGCUGAACAUUUGGUUGAAUACAAUGUAGAAGUCUCAAACGAUAAAGAUACGGAAAUACCGUUCACAAAGUCUAUGAAAAGUAACAAUAAAAUAGUUUUUAACAUAAAACCACAAUAUUGGAAAUUCAAAGAAAUGAUAAAAGAUUUGGAACAUGUUGGUUGUCAGGCAACGGAUGAACGCCUAAAUGCGCACGAGAUCGUUAGGAAAAACCUUUAUCCUCCUGGAAAAGUGAGCAAUAUAAUUUGCUCAUAUUUGUCAAGUACAUCAUGUAUAUUGAGAUGGCAACAGCACGCUAAUAAAUACACCGUUAGUAGACAAGAAAGUAAAAAUUCAACCUGGAAUAACUUAGCAACUGACAUUUCUUGCAAUCAAUACAUCGUUGAUGACAUGGAAAUUGGUGAAACGUGCAAGUUUUGUGUUGUUGCUAAAAAUCAUCUUGGUAUAUCUGAUGACAGCAUUGUGUCUUAUCGUCACGAACGUCCAAACGUCAUGGGUGUCCAAUUUGAAGAUAUCGAGGAAAUUAUUGAAUCUAACGAUAUCGAGAAACUGCAAAAAUUACUAUCCAUUCAUCCAAACAUCGUUCACAUGAGAGGUGGAGAUGAAAGCACACCAUUGUUGUGGACAGUAUAUUACACCGACAAUACAUCAAUGGUGGAAAUACUCAUCUCAUAUGGGAGUGAUGUUUGGGCGGAAAAUAGAUGGAAACAAAACAGUUAUCAUUUGGCUGCAUUUCAAGAUCGUCACACAAUAUUAGAUAUGUUAUGUCGACAUGAUGUAACAAACAUCAACCGUGGAGAUGAUUACAACCUCACACCAUUACAUCGUGCUGCAGCGCUUGGUCACAUCUCAUGUGUUGAUGUUUUGUUGCGUAAUGAAAAUAUUGAUGUGACGAUCGAAGAUAUAGAUGGAGACACAGCUUAUGAUUGUGCUGGAGAAUUUGAUAAACAAACCCGGGAAAUAAUAAGACGAAAAAUAAAAGAAUACGAAGACAGGACGAAGUAAAUAUUUCAAAUGAUUUUGUUUUGAAAAACAACAAUCAGUUUGUGAGAUGAGGAACGAGUCCAGUUUUUAGUUUUAUUUUAUAUUGUAAUAAAUUUAUUUGUAGUAAAACGUACUGAAACAUUUUUCUGUUCGAUUUUUAUCAAGCCUUCGUUUAUAUUUCAUUCAGGAAGCGACACAUGUCAAAGGUCACGUGUUUUUUUAAACUGUCUCAAACUUGCCGCAUGGUGCAAUGUAGAGUGAAUCUUAUUUAUUACAAACGUUAACUGAUAUACUUUCUCAACCUCGUCCCCAAGUCUUGUUAGGCCGUUAUAUUUUGAAGGCCCUGGCUGGUCACGUGACGACAGAAUACCCACGUAUAGUGGGUAUUUUGAAAAUAAUUAUUUGUCUCGCUCUUCCAAAAUAUACACAAGCAGUCAAGAAAAAAAUGAAAGAACUGACACAAUUAUUUAGAAUGGUUAAAAUAAUAUUAAUAAGAAAAAAAUUAUAUAUAUUUUUAUAUAAAUAUUUUUAUAUAAAUAUUUUUAUAUAAAUAUUUUUAUAUUGUAAAAAUUAUUUUUAUUUAUUUAUAAUAAUAUUUUUUAAUGUAUAAAAGAACUGUUAAUAAAUAUUGUAUAAUAUAUUAAACAUUCACACUUG